CUGUGACAAUAUAAACAUUUUUAAAUAUUAAAAUAAUAAUUAUGAAAAAUCAUUAACGUUUUAGGAAUUAUUAUAAGUUAUUAUUUAUUGUAACAAUAACUAUCCCCGUAGGACGUUCAUAUAUUGCUUGUAUACGUGUAGAUAACACAAGAACAAUGAACUCCUACAAAAAGGAAUAAAAACCAGUAUUCGUCACUUCAUAUUUGUGAAAAUGUAUAAAGUUAAAGAUAAUUUACCUAAAACUGCAUUGGCGUUAUAUAUUAAAUUAUAUUGCAAAAAAAGAGGAAAUAAAAUGAAGGAUAAGAAUAUCCUUAUAGAAGCAACUAAGUCAUGGCUUUCAUUAAAUAAAACCGAUAAACAAAUUUUUGUGAAAAAAUACGAUGAAUAUCACAAUAAUUUUAAAAAAGCUUUUGCUGAUUACCUUACAUCUGCAGAACCUUAUUUAAAAGCCAAAAAGAAAAAAGAAAAAGCUGGAAUUACUGUUAUUGAAGAAACCAGUACAUCUCAAAAUGUAGCUAAUGAAGAAAUAGAAUUAGAUAUCGAUCAAAACCAAAGAGUCCAAAGUAAUGUUGAAAUUAAUAAUAUUUGUAACACAGUCCCUUGUUCAAGUACUGGAGAUGAUUACAAUACUCACACCAUGAUAUUGGAAAAUACAAACAAUACGAGUAAUAUAACAGAAGUUGAUAAAUUUCAAAUUGAAGAACCCACUUCUCCAAAACUCAUGAUAUUGGAAAAUACAAAUAAUAUAACAGAAGUUGAUAAAUUUCCAAUCGAAGAACCCACUCCUCCAAAACUCAUAAGUGGUCGACAUCUCUUUGAAAUGAUCAAUGAAAAUGAUAACAAUCUUACGUGGACUAAAUUAAGUAAUACAGAGAAAAGAAGAUACCAGAAUGCUGUACUAUUAAUCAAAAAGAAGUAUCUAAUGGAAUAUAAAAAAUACUUAGAGCGAUUAUCAUCAGAAAAAUUGUAUCAUCAUUAUAAAAACACUAAUAAAUAUAACUCCAAUAAUGUAUGAUUGGAAUUGUUAUUAAAUCAAAAUUAUUUUAUGUUCUAUUAUAAAAGUUAAAUAAAAGAUCAAAUGAUUACUAUUUACGUUAUUUUAUUUAAUCAUAUAACUCAGAAUAUUUUAUAAUAUAAUAAGGAUUUAUACAUUUAUACUUGUGGAAAUAAAUUACAUUUUACGGUUAAGGUAUACUUAUUUUUAAACACUAACUCUAAUAAACAUUAUAUAAAUAAACAAUGUGAGAUUUUUCUAAAGAUACAAUAUCUACAUAAACCAUUAAAGUAAUUAUUUUCCACAAAUAAGUCCAACAGCCAGUCCAGCAACAAAA